GGGCGAAUGGAUCGGGAGGAGGACUUUGAGAUAUCAAAGCGGGAUGCGAAACGACUUGCGGAACCACUCAUUAAGGCCGCCUACGCGGAUGGUAUCGAUACUGGGCGGCAAGUGCAUUAUCAGCGCAAUUUUGACGAAGGCUACCGGAAAGGUUUUGCUGUCGGAUUCGAGCAUGGUCAGCAACAGGCACGCCGAGUGCUGGACGAGCAGCGAAAGGCGACGUCGGGAAACUAGCAAUGACGCAAUAUCAGAGUUGUGCUCAAUUUUGAGGCACGUUUAAUCGAUUAAGAGU